AUGGCCGCUGAUGAGGUGCGGGGGGGCUCCUCUCCCCCCGGCGUUUCUCCGAAUACCAGUGAAGGGGUUGCUGAAAUAACCGAUGGAGACAGUUCUGCAGCUGCUCUCCAGAAAGUGGAUACCGCGUCUGGGGAUAAUUCCGAGCCACCGCCAGCCUCGCCAGGUCUGGGACAAGCUUCAGCAGAUCCCGCAGCAACACCCGCCAGCGGUGGCGUAGGGCAGGAUGCACAAGAAGAACACGCCAGUGACGCAAAUGCGGGCAAUGAUGAAGAAAGUGAUGCAAAACCUGAGGGCCAUGAAGCUGAUCCUGGAAAAUACGCUUCUGGCGACAUACGGAUACAUCUGUCAAGCGGUAUUGACGGGAUUAUGGGAGUGUUGGUGCGGAAGCAAAACCUGAAGCGAAUGGGUCUACUUGAGGAUGAAGGCUCAGAAAGCGUUUUGCGCCCAUUCAAAAGCUUUUCGAAGAAGGCCAUAUUACAGGAGAUAGGGAAGAGGGGGAAGGAUUCGGACUGGACUGAGCACAAAGCUAUUCUCAAAGUACAACCCUCAUCUGCUCUACCGUGA